AUGGCACCGAGCCCUACACACGCCAACAGGUUUCUCUACCGGAACCUCCACUCGUGGCACCACCGUCUCGUGGUUCCCUACUCCUUCGGAGCCUUGUACGGACACCCCCUCGAGAGCUUCAUCACUGACACCAUCGGUGGCACGGCCGCCUUCCUGGUGUCCGGCAUGUCGCCGAGGGCUUCUAUCUUCUUCUUCUCACUCUACAGCGUCAAGGUCAUUGACAACCACUGCGGCCUGUCGCUGCUACCCAGCUGGGAUCGCCUGAGCUUCUGGAACAACACGGCGUAUCACGACGUGCACCACCAGUUGCGUGGUGGCAAGUAUAACUACUCUAAGCUCUUCUUCGUGGUGUGGCACAAGAUUUUUGGGACGUACAUGCCCUUCCUCAUUGAGGACAGAGAAGGAAUGCUCUAA